AUGAACGGUUCCGCCCUGCUGCUGAGCGAAAAGCUGAAGAAGUUCGGCGCCGUAAGCGUCCGCCCUCUGAUGCUCUUGGGACCAAUAACGCCCGGAAAUGGCCCAAGACUGCAGGGAUGGGGCAUCGCCAAGCAGCGCCCAGGGCCGGAUGGAGCCAAACAGGAGGCCGGCGAGGGCAAAAUCAGCUCAGUAUGA